CGGGCGAACACGUAUGGCCUUCUUAAUCCAUCCACUUAGUAAGAAAUGGACCUUCUUUCACUUCAUCAAAAUUCCCUCCAUCUCCCUUUCUUCACUUCAUUUCUUUCUUCAUUAAGAAAUGAAGCCCAAGUUCCUUUCACACUCUCUCAUCUCUCUGCUCAGCUUUCCCGUUUUCUGUUUUCUCGAUUUCCUUGACGUUCUCCUCUGCCUAGCAUACCGAUUCAUCGAUUCCUUCCUCGAAGAAACUUACUCUUCCCCAUGCUACUGCUGCUCACCUGGUGAAGUACAGAGCUCCCUGAAAAUGGCGGUGGACGGUGAAAGCGAGAUGUCUGUCACACUCUACCGGAGGAAAAACGUUUUUCGGCGAAUGGCCGUGCUCGCGAACGGGGCGGGUGGAGGCCGGAGUCGCGAAUGUGUGGGGAGUGGAAAAGGAAGAGGGAACAGGUGGUCUGACUGUGGAUGCGAGCCUUGCAUUGCUUGGAUGAAGAAAGGCGAGAAUGGCGGAAUCUCUUAUUUGAGGCUCCAUUUAGUUGUCCGAGAACCAUCUGCAUCUGCAGGUAAGUUGGAGGAUCCCAAUGGUAAGACUACAGAAAACAUAAUAUUUUUGCACGGCUUCAUGGGAUCGUCAUCGUUUUGGACACAAACAGUAUUUCCCUAUCUGUCUGAUAAUUCAAUGCAAAAGUACAGAUUGUUUGCAGUGGACCUACUGGGAUUUGGACAAAGCCCAAAGCCAAGGGAUUGUUUUUAUACUAUGAGGGACCAUUUAGAAAUGAUUGAGAAAACAGUUAUUAUUCCAUUUAAGUUGAAAUCUUUUCACCUGGUUGCUCACUCCAUGGGAUGUGUGAUAGCUCUAGCAUUAGGAGCAAAGCAUGCACAGUCUGUGAAAUCAAUCACAUUAAUAGCGCCUCCAUACUUCCCUGCUGAUGCGGGGAAGGAUGCUAGUUUAUCCACCUUAGAGAAAGUUGCAGCGAGACGAAUAUGGCCACCAGUGUUAUUUGGUUCAGCAUUCAUGUCAUGGUAUGAGCAUCUCGGUCGGUGUGUAUGCUUCAUUAUUUGCCGGAACCACAGAACCUGGGAGUGGAUUUUGAGAAAAAUAACUGGAAGAGAUCUGCAUUUCACAUUGGUGGACAUGACACGGCAUACUCACCAUUCGGCCUGGCACACCAUGCAUAAUGUGAUUUGUGGUGGAGGAAAAAUGAUGGAUAAGUACUUGGAAGCUUUAACAAGCUGUGGGGUGAAAAUGAACAUUAUUCAUGGGUCUGAGGACCAAGUGGUGCCAUUGGAAUGCAGUGAGAAGUUGAAGAUGAAAGCUGGAGAUGCCAAAGUGAAAUUUAUUGCAGGUGCAGAUCAUUCUUCUGUGAUUAUGGGCAGAGAAAGGGAUGUCACUAGGGAUUUACAGCAAUUUUGGGCAUCAAUUACUAAAUAAUUCACAUCUGGAAUAUUCUUUUAUCCCUCCCACCUUUCCAAUCUAGUGCUUCACAGCCCUUCACAGCCCCUAGACAUGUUACUUCUGCUGAUUAACCAAUAACAAGCCCAGAGCGAAUUAUUCUUUGGCCUUUUACUAUACAAUACCUGUACACAAUGCAAAUAAG